AUGGCGACUCCCGCUUUGAAACUCGGUGCUUUCGGUCGCCUGCCGUACGAACUGCGACUCCAGAUCUGGAAACAGCUACUCCCAGCCCUGUAUAUGUCAGACCAUCUGGCUAUCCUGCGAACCAACAAAAGCAUCUACGACGAAAUCACCAAUCAACUAUACGACACAUUCGAUAUACAUAUCUCUCCAUCUCUCAGACCAUGGAUCGUCAUUCGCUCCAGACAGUUGCAGGCAGAGUGGACCAUCGAUGGAGAGAAUGACUGGCGAUGCGCCGUCUUCAAAAGCAUCCCAUUCCACAAGAUUAACCUGGCAGUCCAUAUAGAAGCCCCUCAUCCCGAAGAUCCAGGCCAACUCAUCUUGCUGUGGAAGAAGGUUAAUGUGCUAGUCGAAGUUCUUUGGAAGUCUCGCUCACCGUUCAAGAGCAUCGAUCUCGUUUUCGAGAAGAGCCAUGACAUCGACUGGCAGACAGAUGGAGAGUCAACCAAGAGCAUUGAACACAUCCGAGGAGGCUUACCAGAUCACGAUAUUGUUUUCAUGCCUUUUUGUCUACUGGCACAUGUCGAGGAGUUUGACAUCACCCCAUCAUCCCACGAGAUGGAAAAGGCCAUCGACUGGGGAUUCCUCAACUACGGAUGCGAGUUUAUUCGCAACAAUGGAUACAGCAAAGGAAACCAUACGAUGUACAACAGCGACCCCGAGUACGAGUAUGAAGUGUGUGCCUUCGACGACAUUGAUGCCCUAGCUGCAGACCUCAACUUUUCCCUCGACGUCCACCUUGACGACGUGCCUGGGCCCACGGCCAACAAACUUCGGCUGAAGCGUUUCGCUAAAUAUUUCGUGGACGGAGACAAAGGCGAAUCGCCAUACAUGCAGUUCAUUCUUGGGAUUCUUCGGCAUUAUCCCGAGAUAGUCAGACGACGCGAUAUAUUCCUUUACAACCUAUUUAAUCGACACGAGAUCCUACUCCGAAUGCAUGAGGAUAUCUGUGACGACGAGCUAUCACUCCGCCAUACUUGGAACCAGAAACGUUGGUACCAGCGAUUUCCCAACGGGAUUCCACCAUUGUCCAUGCCUGAUCUGGUGGAGCAGGGGUACAUUAGUGAUAAACCCCUCGAUCCCAGCGAGCUAUCCUCGCGUUUUGUGGAGUUCCUUGGUGCCGUACAGCACUGGGUGAGCAACAUGUGGAGGAAGAGCUUCAACACUUGGCCCGGUCUUGUUUAUUGCGAAGACUGGGCUCAGGAGUGGUGUGAGGACUGCCAGGUUACCGGCUUGACAUUUGGGUGCAGCGAUUGCAUUGACUUGGAGCCGGUGUAUGAUUAUGAGCGCAGCGAGGGGCUCAGCGAGUAG